UCUCUGCAGUGAGGCAUGAACUUCCACAGAGUCCUGGGCUAGUCCAUGGCCGGGAAGUGGGAGAAUUUAGUGUUUUAGAAUCUGAUAGGUCGAAGAAUGGAACAGAAGAUGCAGGGGACAUAGAUGAGUUUCAGAAUGAUCCUAAGUCUUCCCAGUACAGAAAACCUUUGCCUUUUCAUCAGUCAGCCUCAAGCCCAAAUGUAUCAAAAAAUGAAGCGCAUCAGCCAAUGACUUCAGGUUCUUUUCCAAUUAAUGGGCUCCAUUCUCAUUCAGAAGUUGCAACUGCAAGACCACAGUCCAUUGAGAAUUCACCCACCAUCAGUGCACACAAAGAUAAAUCAUCAGAAUUAACAAGGCUUGAAUCAGAAUUGCCCAAAAGUUCUGCUGGUGAACUGUCUCAUUGUGUUGAGCCUGAGCCAUCUCAGGUGCCAGGUCGCAGUUCUAGAGACCAUCAGCAAGGUAAGCCCCCUCCUCUCCUGGCUCUAAAAGCUAAGACAUUCUCACAAUCUGGUCCAUAUGCCACUGAGAUAAGGAAGACAACUGAUGAUUCCAUAUCUAAAGUCCUAGACUGGUUUAACCGAAGUUCUCAUUCAGAUGACAAUAAGACAUCCCUCCAACUUCCCCAAGGAAUAGAGCCCGAAGAAAAAAUAGACUCAAAAUCACAGGUUGCUAUUGCCUUGGUGACAGAUGACAACAGUUUAAAAGAAAAUGGCUCAAAGGCCCUAUCAUCCACCAAAGUUGAACUGGAGCCAGUGAGAUCUGACUCAACAUUUCAGGUAGAAGGAGAUAUGCUGCUUUCUGGAAAUGGCCAAGAUAAUGAUGUGGAUAUCAAAUCCAAAUCUAUGAACUUGUCCCAAAAAGGCACCCCAAAGGAAGGCCUUGGUAUACUGCAACCAUUCGAAAGCUGUGGUACCCCAAGUCAAAGGAGCGAAAAUAUGGACUAUAGCCAAGAUUCAAAUAGCUUAGGAAAUGGGGCACCUCCUCCAGCCAAUAACCAUUCCUUCAGUGUUCUCAAGGUAUCUGAAGCAGAAGACCAAGUUCCAUGCAACACUAAUAUUGGCAGCUUUGGUGAAGAAGAACCCAAGCUUCUUGUUCAUGAAAAAAAUAGAGGAGACUCAGAAGUGAAUUUUGACUCUUCAACAAUUUUCAAAGAACCAAAUUUGAAAGACAGCCUGAAAGCAGAGAGAAAGAGCAAAGGAGGAAAUACUCACAUCCUGAAAGCUUCCUUAGAGCCAGAGAAUAUUGAGUCACCACCUGGAGUUGCCAACAAUGGAUCUCCUUGGAAGAAGCCCGAGGUCCAACUGCAACAAGAAGCUGGUGAGGUUCCCAAGAACCAAGUGCAAAGAGAGAAAUACAAAAGAGUGAGUGAGAGAAUAUCCUUUUGGGAAGGAGAGAAAGCUGCCAAGGUAACUCAUAAAGAGCCCACAUCUUCAGACAACCUGGAACAACCUUCUGCUAAAGAAUGUCAGCCUGUGAAGUCACAGAGUAUGGCCAUAGACAGCUUAUCUACAGGACAGAGUGAAUAUAAUUGGGUCACUGCCAAACGAGUGGUCCUAGAUGAGGAUGGUCAAGCACCCCCACUCUCCAGUUUUUAUUCCUCAAAUAAACCUAAAGAGACCAGGCCCCAAAUAUCAGGUCCAUCCAAAAGCCCUCCUUCAGCUGACCAAUCAAGUAAAGUGUCUCUGUUUCAGAAUAAGACAAAUGAGCCUAUAAAAAGAAUGCCAGUGGCAGACAGUGUGAAUUCUAGAACAGACAUUAUUUUACCAGCAUUGCAACAUCCCUCAAAUGCCGGAAAUGAAAUACACGCUCCUUUGGAGAAAGACAGACCUUUAGCUGGUGAAUCAAAUACCAACUUUAAAGUUAUGUCCCUAAAAGAAAGAAUGGAUGGAUCCAAUGCAGAACAGGUCUAUAAUCACUCUCAGUUUGAGAAUUUGAGAAAGUUUUGGGACUUAGAAGCUAACCCAAACAGUAAGAAUAGUGGUGUGAAGAAUACUACCACAACAAGUCAAAAAAAUUCCGUGCCUUUUAACAGCCAGAAACACAAAGAAUUCAGUGACAUUAAAUUAUCAGGAAAAAAUACCCAUGAAGUGGAGGCGCUUAUAAGCCAACAAAAAGUUACAGCAAGAGAGGAAAUGGAGAAAUUAAACUCAAAGUGCAUGCUCCAGGUGCUACCAGAUGAAACCACAUUUCCAUUGAGACCACCCAAAGAGUCCACUCAUCAGUUGCCAGGCAAUGAGUCAUCAACGGAAAAUGUGGAAAAGAAUAUGGAAUGGCUUGUUACUCCAGUGUUUGAGGAAGAAAAGGGUUACUCAGACCCAGAGAUUCAAGAAUCCAUAGUGAAAAUGAACGUUUUGUCUAAAGACUACAAAGACACUUUUAAUGACAGCUUACAGAAGCUACUUUCAGAAGUUUCAUCACCAGUAAUUCAACCUUUUGGUGGAAAAGUUCAUGGAAAAUUCAUGCUCAAACCAAGUGUUUCUGAAAAUAGGACAUGGCCUCAAAAGACAGAUUUUGCUGAUACUGAGGAAGAAGCCAAAGGACCCAAGAAGGCCACCGAUGAACAUGUAGACAGAACAGUAGCUCCUCCAAAGGUCAAACAGAACACUCUGAGUGCUAACCUGAAGGAAGCAACUGGAACUUCACCCUCUCCCUUGCAAUCCAAGUUAGAACCCAUUACCACCAGAACCAACUCUAAGCCUGAGGAGGGUAGAUUUUUUGAAAAAGGGGUAGAACAGAGUCACAACACUUCAGCCUGUCAGAGAGAGAUUGUAGCUACUUCUCCAGAGGGAGAUACAACUUUGGGAAAUAUAGCUCUCCCUCAGAAAGCUGAAAGUGGUGAGUGCCAGCUAAACAAGGAGAACUUGCUUCAGGUGGCUGCAGAAGAUUCUCACCCAUUGGAUCAGCCUUCUCAUCUUUACAGAAAGGGUUCUUUUGGGGAUGUGGCCAACUCUCCCCAAGAUAUGUUUUUGUCCCAGGAUGCUCAUCUUGUUCCCCAGGAUAGGGUGCUGCCUUCUCAAAGGGAAAUUUCAGAGACUAUAGAGAAAAUUAUUCUUCCACCCAAACCUGCAUUGAAUGAUAUAAAUGCUGCAUUACAGAAGCUGCAUAGAGAAGCAUGGUUGAGUUACCCAGCUGGGAGGGAAGUCGGUCCUGGAGAAGUGAAACCAGAAUUUCCUGAAGAAGUACAGGCAGCAGGUAGCCCCAAAAAUCCUCUGGGAGUGAUCCCACCAUGGGUUACAAUGGACGCCAUAGUUCCAGACAGGAAGGAUUUUUAUUCCUUCAAUGUAGUUCCAGAUAAAACUCAUGAAGUUGGAUCUUAUUUAGCUGCCCAGAUGUCUCCAUCAGAACAGACCCUUAGCUCAUCUGGUUUCACUGUUGUGCAGUAUGGCAAAGAGCUACCUCAGGAAGUGGCAGAAAUUGUGAGGGCAACAGUUACUCAACCCAAAUCGGAGUUCCUCGAAUUCAGUGCUGGCUUAGAAAAACUGUGGAAGGAAACAAUUGAAACCUCCCCCUCAAAAUAUGAAAGCGAUACAGGGACUCUUUUCCUAUCAAAGUUAAUAGGUAGUACAGAGGAGCCCAGGAAAGCUGCUUAUGAAUUCCAUCCUGAGGAAAUAAAAGAAACAGUAGAAAAGGCUGAGGCUCCAUCAAUAACUGAGAGUGCUUUUGAUAUUGGUUUUGAGAAACUUCUUAAAGAAAUAUCUGAAGCUCCUCCUUAUCAGUUCCAGGUGUCAGUGAAGGAAGAAACUCCCGAGAAGGAGCCCUCACAGUCAGAGCAGGCCAGGUUCUUGGGGGCAGUGCCCCAUUUUUACUGGGCAGCCUCAGCAGCUUCUGAAAUGAAAGUUAAAAGUAAUGGUUUGGAAUCUCAAGUCAACCAAUGUAAUAAAGUAUUGAGAGAAGAUGAAGCUGUGACUGAUUUAUUAGUAGAUCUUUGUGAUUCUGAAAGUAGGGUUGAGAUCUCUGGAACCCCACAACUUUGUGUGGAUCAUGACAUAGAGACCAUCAAAACUGUAAAACCCCCAGAGGACAGGGACAGGAAAAGUGAGGUUGCAGGGAGACAAGGGGCUUUGCAGGAACCUGGCUUCGAAGAGGCUCCUGUAGCAAUUGGUUUGUCUAGGAAUAGGCAACCCAUUCCUCUCCUGACGAACAAAGAAAAUCCUACAAAAACCAGUAAAAUUGAAUUGAUUCUGGCGUCACCAUAUAAGAGACAAGUGAAAGAGGAAGAAAAACCUUUCUCUAACUCUGAUUUUUCAGAUGGAAACAUUGGUUCUAACGUGGAAAGCUGGAGAAAUACCUCCAGUUCAGAAGAAGAACCCAGUGCUGUUUUGAAAACUUUGGAAAGGAGUGCUGCUAGGAAAAUGCCUUCCAAAAGUCUAGAAGACAUUUCAUCAGAUUCAUCAAAUCAAGCAAAAGUAGAUAAUCUGCCAGAAGAAUUAGUACGUAGUGCUGAAGAUGUUUCCACAGUGCCUACACAACCUGAUAAUCAGUUUUCCCACCCCGACAAACUCAAAAGGAUGAGCAAGUCUGUUCCAGCAUUUCUCCAAGAUGAGAGUGAUGACAAAGAAACAGAUACAGCAUCAGAAAGCAGUUACCAGCUCAGCAGACACAAGAAGAGCCCAAGCUCUUUAACCAAUCUUAGCAGUUCCUCUGGCAUGACGUCCUUGUCUUCUGUGAGUGGCAGUGUGAUGAGUGUUUAUAGUGGAGACUUUGGCAAUCUGGAAGUUAAAGGAAAUAUUCAGUUUGCAAUUGAAUACGUGGAGUCACUGAAGGAGUUGCAUGUUUUUGUGGCCCAGUGUAAGGACUUAGCAGCAGCAGAUGUUAAAAAACAACGUUCAGACCCAUAUGUGAAGACCUAUUUGUUAUCAGAUAAAGGCAAAAUGGGCAAGAAGAAAACACUUAUAGUGAAGAAAACCUUGAAUCCUGUGUAUAACGAGAUACUGCGGUAUAAAAUCGAAAAGCAAAUCUUAAAGACACAGAAGCUGAACCUGUCUGUUUGGCAUCGGGAUACAUUUAAACGCAAUAGUUUCCUAGGGGAAGUAGAACUUGAUUUGGAAACAUGGGACUGGGACAACAAACAGAAUAAACAAUUGAAGUGGUACCCUUUGAAGCAGAAGACAGCACCAGUUGCCCUUGAAGCAGAAAACAGAGGCGAAAUGAAGCUAGCUCUCCAGUAUGUCCCAGAGCCAAUCCCUGGUAAGAAACUUCCUACAACUGGAGAAGUGCACAUCUGGGUGAAGGAAUGCCUUGAUCUACCACUACUAAGGGGAAGCCAUCUAAAUUCUUUUGUUAAAUGUACUAUCCUUCCAGAUACAAGUAGGAAAAGUCGCCAGAAGACGAGAGCUGUAGGGAAAACUACUAACCCUAUCUUCAACCACACCAUGGUAUACGAUGGUUUCAGGCCUGAAGAUCUGAUGGAAGCCUGUGUAGAGCUUACUGUCUGGGACCAUUACAAAUUAAGCAACCAGUUUUUGGGAGGUCUUCGGAUUGGCUUUGGAACAGGUAAAAGCUAUGGGACUGAAGUGGAUUGGAUGGACUCUACAUCAGAGGAAGUUGCUCUCUGGGAGAAGAUGGUAAAUUCUCCCAACACUUGGAUUGAAGCGACACUGCCUCUCAGAAUGCUUUUGAUUGCCAAGAUUUCCAAAUGAGCCCACAGUCCACUGGCUCCUCCACUGAAAAAUACUAAACAAGUAGAAUCCGAUCUUGAAAAUCUGACUACAUGGACAAAGAUCCUCACUUUAUCUAUUGCCACUAAGGAAUACUACACAGCAUGUAAAAGUCAAUCUGCAUGUGCUUUUUUGAAUACAAGACCCAAAGGAUUUAAAUAAAGACAAAAUAUAUACCUUACUUGUGACUCCAACAUUAAAGAAGAUAUUUGAGCAAGCUAGGAAAAUUGUACUGCUGCUGCUGCUUCAAAGAAAAAGCUGCCAAAAAUUAUUAAAUGUGGGAUAUUGGUAACAAACAGAAUGUUCUAGUUUGCUACCCUGUGUUUCACACCACAAUCUUGUGUGACAAUUAAGAGGGUCCGCCGCUUGACCACUGAAAAUCCUUGCAGGACUUGUAAAUAUGCAGGUUGCAGAAAAAAGUAACAAGUGAGGAAAAGCAGAAUAUCAGUGAUAAAGAAUUGGACGAUAAGAAAACUAUUUACUCUUUAAUGUCUAAUAAAAUAUGGAAUUCCAUGUUAGGGAAAUGAGACUGAAUUUACUACAUAAAUUUCUGCCUUGAGAAGCUCCUUUUUCCCAAAUGUUAAAACAGAAGUUUCAAAUGCACUUUGGUGCCACCCACUGGCCAUAGGUGGUAUUCGGUUCUUGGCUUAUUUUGUCUUAAUUCUAUUUUAAAAUAGGUCUGUCUCAAGCCUUUGUUUUAUAAGAAUUAUGUUUUUUAAAAAAACCCUGCAUAUAUGAUUGUUUUUCUUAUAAAUUUACUAUAUGAAAGCAGCAUAAGAGUAGUUACAGACAAGUUUUGUGACAAAGUUUUAAUUAGAAUGUGAGUUCUAUUAUGCUGUACUUCACAUGUAUGUAAAAUUUUCAUACAGUAUUUUGUAAAAACCCUUAGAAUAAAUUAUCAUAUGAUUUAAAUU